GCGCGGCUGCAGCGACUUUAGGACGGACAACGGCGACGGCCCCUCUCGUACAAUGUGCGAUGUUGCGCUCGCUCUCUCGCAGCUCUCGCGUACAGCACGCCGCCCACGCACCCAGCGCCCGCCCGCUCCAUUCGUUCUCUGCCGUACCGACCCGCGCUGUCCGCCGGCAGGCUGACGCUCUCGCAGGACGAGCCUCCAAGGACCACCCGCACUCAUUCCGACAUUUCCAUGCGACUCGCACGAACCAAGGUCUGCCCGUGCUGGCCCUCCUCGGAGCGUUAAAGGCCUCGACUGCUAUCCAGGCCGCGCAGACGCUCGCCCGCGUCGCCCUAACGUUCGUCCCCUUCAUCGUUAUCAAAAACCACAAGUCACGGAGAUUCCUCAAAGCCGCCGCGCGCAUGGAUGGCAGGCCGGGGCUCGAGGAGCGCAAGGAGAUGGUGCUCAAGCGGAUGCGCAAUGCGACGCUCAUCUUCCGUCUCCUCGUCUUCGCACCGAUAGCCGUUUUCUGGGCAGCCAUCUUGGCGAGUUUGGAGAGGACGCCUCUUACAGGCAGAUGGCGGCUGAUCCUCCUUUCACCCGAAGAAGAGGACGAGAUCUCUGCCCAGCUUGCAGGCAGUGGAUGGUAUCACGCCGUGGGCGAGAUUCUGUCGCAGGAGAGCCCACCUACCCUGCUGUCGCCGGACGACUGGCGAUACGAGUGGGUCAGGAGCACGCUCCGCCAUCUUGAACAGACGGUGCCGGCCUUGAGCAACGAGCACGCCCUGAAUCCAUCCUGGCUUGAACGCGGCAGCGACGACAAGCCCUUCCCCCCUCCUGCCGACUAUCCCCUUCGCCCCCGGCCAAGAGGAGCCGAGUACGUCAGAAUGUUCUACGAUACCAUGGUAGACGGCAAGGCGCCGCCUGUUCCGCAUGCUGUACCUGGUCCGCCUUAUUCCUUGAUUGUCGUCGACAAGCCAGGCUCGUCAAACGCGUUCUCGUACGGGUUUGGGCCCGACGGUGCUGGUGGCAUCGUCGUCUACUCGGGAUUCCUGGACGAGGUUCUAGCUAAGCACCCCCCUCUAAGAGCUCUUCCCCAAGCUUCCUCCUUCGGGACUUCGUUUCUACGCAAUCUGUUUUCCGCUCUGUUCUCUCCCCCUCCCCCGCCGCAUCCCAUACCCACAGCCGAGGCCACCACGGAACUCGCCGUGCUGUUGUCCCAUGAACUAGCUCAUCUCAUUCUCUCCCAUCAUCUCGAGACACUGUCUUCCAGCAACGUCGUCAUCCCAGGCGUGUCCUCCAUGCUCGCCGACGUCGCUAGGACUCUCCUCUUUCCCUUCACGAUGUUUUUUGGACCCUUCGUCAAUGACGCUGUUGCUCGAAUAGGCAAAGUGGGCAGCGGAGACCUGGCGAGGCUUGGGGAGUACUGCAACAGCAUGAAACAGGAGAUCGAAGCGGAUGUUGUCUCCGUUCGAUUACUAGCUCAUGCCGGGUAUGACCCGCAGGCUGCCAUCUCUUUCUGGCAGUCGCGAGCUGAAACUCCUCAGACCGCGGAAUGCUCGCCCACUAAGGCCGAGCGAGAAAUGAAAGGAGAUGACGGUAUCCACCAGUAUGGAAAAAUUGCUAUGCUGAUGACAGGGUCGGCGCAUCCCCAAAAUCAGGUGAGAGUUGGCAAGCUCAAGGAGGAGUUCGAGCGAUGGAACAUAGAGCGUCGGAAGAAGAGGAAGGUUCGGGAGGAUGGGGUGACACAGUCAUAGUACUUUAUCUUAGGGCUUGUAUAAUAUGGUUUUGUUGGAAUUAAGUGUACCUCCAGGUC